ACAACAUAAAAAGGGAGAACCAUGCAACAAGAACAUCAACGAGACGAUACAAAACGAGAAAAUGGUGAAACCGAUUAAAUUCAAAUCACCAAAGAAGAAUCCAAUGAAAACCGGACUUUAGAUUCGUUUUCUAACAAUCAUCUCUAUCACUUAAUCGCCGAGAAGGAAGCAUGGGUGCAAAAUUAUUGGAAAUUAAUGCUACAGCAAUCACGUUCAUAUGUGAGGUGAAGAAACAAAGUACAUCUUCAGUUCACCUCUCUAAUAUAUCUGAUGAAUAUGUUGCUUUUAAGGUGAAGACCACAUCACCAAAGAGGUUCUGUGUAAGACCCAAUUCAGGCAUAAUUAGCCCAAAGUCAGCAUGCGAGUUCACAGUUACUAUGCAAGGUCUAAGGUCACCUCCAUCUGAGGUGGAGUGCAAGGAUAAAUUCCUGAUACAGAGCACGGUUGUUGAUGCUGCGACAAAAGAAGAAGACGUGACUCUUGAAUUGUUCUCUAAAAGAAGUGGUAAGUAUGUUGAAGAGAAGAAGCUCAGGGUUGUUCUAGUUGGUAAGGAAGAUUCUUCAUCAGAGGAACAUCGAAACGAAGUAUCGGGGAAAGAACCAUCGAAUAAAUCUUCGGUUAAAGAAGAGAAUGUGGUGAAGAACGAAAAGCGGGGUAAAGAACAAUCUAAUGAAUCUUCAGUUAAAGAAGAGAAUGCGAUGAAAAAGGAAAAGCUCGGUAAAGAACAAUCUAGUGAAUCUUCGAUUAAAGAAGAGAAUGCGGUGAAAAACGAAAAGCUUGGUAAAGAACAACAGAAUGAACCUUCAGUUAAAAAAGAGAGUGCGGUGAAAACGAAAGCGUUGGGGAAAGAACCAUCUAAUGAGUCUUCAGUUAAAGAAGAGAAUGUGGUGAAAACGAAAGCGUUAGGGAAAGAACCAUCUAAUGAAUCUUCAACUAAAGAAGAGAAUGCGGUGAAAAAGGACGAAAAUGCCCUCCAACCGCAUACACAAAAUGAAGACAGCAGGGAAGUCAAAGAUGGUUUGACUACAAAGAACCUGAAGGCAUCUGGUGAUCUUGACGGGAAUGAAGAGAAUCUUUCCAAAAAUUUAAAAUCUGACCCUGUAAAAGUUGUGAAAGAGGAUCCAGAAAGGAAGUUGAGGUUGUGUAAUCAACUCAAGGAGUUAAAACUGAAGGAAACUGCAUUAGAAAAUCAACUGAAAGAGGCCAAAUCCACAAUAUCUAGCUUAACCUGUCAGAACAGCAUUAUGAUUGAAGCAAAAGAGUCACUUAAGCUAGAAUUGGCUAGGAGAAGUAAGAAAGGUUACCCAUUUGCAUUUGUUUGCAUUGUGUCACUCAUCGGUUUGAUAAGCGGAUACAUCUCAGAUCCUUGAACUACAUUUACAUAUUGUCCCAAUAAAUGAAUGGUUGCAAAGUGCAAACCACUAGUAAAUGUAUAUAUACCGACGACAGUAUAUUGCAUUAGGAUAUUCGGGAUGAUGUCAAAGACUUAAAGCACAUUAUCCUUUUACGAGAACACUUUAUAUACAAUACAUGUAUGUGAGCGCAAGGGGACAUUUUUUGUA